AAAGUAAAAGCAAGACCACAACAGUUAAAAGAGUACAACACAUUAUUCAGCUCAAAAGCCAUGGACGAUGACAGCUUCAGAGCCCGUGUACACAAAGUUUUCGGCGCUCUCCCUUCAUCAGCACCGUCGUCGGCGUGGUCUCUCACAGACGAUGAAGUGGAGAAGAAAGAGUGGAACCGAAGCGCACUGAAGCGAGGGAAAGUGGAUGAUGACCAAACCCUUUGUUCUUCGUCAUAUGAUGGAUUAUUCAAACAAAAUCGCAGGAGGAACAUCACCACUCAAGGGCUCCAAAAUGAUCCAAAUGAUGAGGAAAGUCGUUUUGAGGACCCUAAUGAUGUUUGGGAAAUCAGAUCCUCCAUUGGCUUGGAUCCCACGCUUGAUAAUGAGGACGAGGAAGAUGAAUAUGAUAGAGUGGCGGAAGGCAGAGUGGGUGCUGCUGAUCGCUUGUACAUGAAGAACAUUGUUGAUCAGGACACAUCUUAUGAUCCUUCAGGACGUAACAUCCGUAGAGACGCACGUGCAAAUCAUAUGGCUGCACAAGUUAGGCUGAAGGAAGAUGCUGAUGCAGCUGUGAAAUGUGAAACUCAUUUUGAUGGUAUCACCCUAUGCGGUGAGCAGCAGUCUACUGAACCACUUCAGGUUCAUAGUAAGGUGAAGCCAAUUUUGAAAAGAACAAGGAAAUCUGAGAAUGGUGAGCUCAAGUCCACGAAACGAGUCAGGUUUAAUCCUAGUUGUAAAAAUGAAUGUGAAGGGGCUUCAGAGCUAGAAGUUUCUUUGGCAGCUCCUGCAGCAGCAAAUUCUAGUUCGCAAAAAAAUGAAUCUAUUCUUGACAACAGUAGGCCGAAUGUUCCUGAUCAUAUUCUCAACCCUUCAAAAUAUACUCACUAUAGUUUGGAUUCUCCUAGCAAGCUUGAUGAUGAAUCAAAUAUUCAAGCUUGCGUAUACCUUCUUGAGGAGGUUAAGAAGUUGAAGCAUGAUCAAUUGGCACGAGAAACUAGGGACGUGUCAGCUACUAAUCCUAAAUCAGUAGCCUUUGUGCCUAGGCAGAAGAACUCAUAUGCUAUAGCAGCAAAGGAUGCAACUGCGUCAAAGGAAAUGAUUAAAGAUGCUUGUAAUGAAUCCUUGCACCCAAAAGGCUUUCCUGUUGCCAUUGCCGCUUUAGAGGCUCAAGAAAGUGGAGAUCCAAUGGAUGAAGAUAUGGAAGCACAUGUAGGUGACAAUAACAUUGUGUCCCAUAAACCACAACGCCGUUAUCGAAGCAGGGCAGAGAUGAACGACUCUGUUACUUGAUCUUAUGUUGUCACUUGAGGCUAGUGUGUAUGUAUGUUAUAUAAUUCCUUUAGCAGAAAUGCUUUGUUAACUCCAUAUGUUUGCAAGUUCUUGUCUUAGCUGGAUCUCACCCCUGGCCCCUCCAACCUCCACCCCUCCAGAAAAAAAGGAACAGAAAAGGAAGAAACAUACAAUAUAUGACUAUGGGGGGAGUCCCCUUGCACGACAAAAGCAUGGAGUGUACUGACUUUUUGCAUGAACUAUCUGUUUUUAAGGGCGUUCAGUGAUUCUUGAUGGAUUAUUCUUAUUAUGUUUAUUUUUUAGUGGAGGGAUUCAUGAUGAUCA